AUGGAACGCCUAGACAAAAGAAAGUCUUACAUCAUUGGUGCAAUAGCACUUAGUAUCCUAGUUAUCGGCAGUGGCGCCGUGUAUAUCUACUUCCAUAAUCGCGACAUCACUAACCCAAACAAAGCUAGUACUAACCAACCUAGCCAGUCAAAGCCAGGCACAGAACCACCUACCAAUCCAGAAGACAAAACCACUCCCCCAGCUCCCAGCGCACCCAUCGAAGAGCCCUGCAAAGCUCCAGCAGAAGAUUCCGGUGACGCGCUUUCUAGCUACACACCAGCAACUAUCAACACAACGAACCUCUUCCCAGAUCCUAAACCCACCGAACUCCAAGCAGAUGCCGAGAAAGCCGAGCUACUAGAAUUCCUAACCAAGCAUAUCAUCCCCACCACCGCCAAACCCGCCGAGAACUCAAGCCCCAGCAAGAUCAGCCAACUCAAGCAAUCAUUGAAGGAUAAAUUCGCACAAGCCAAAACCAAAUUCCGAGCACUCUUUAAGUUCAAACCAACAACUGAUCCAGAGCCAACUCCAGAACCCCAACCAGCUCCAGAGCCCCAACCCAAACCCAAUACUAGUCCAAUCGCACCAAUGCAGACUUCUGAAGCUAUCAAACUCGAACUAGAUCCCAAUACUAAGCCGCCCUACCAACAGUACAUUGUAACUACCUCCCCCACUGCCACCUGCUACUGCAUUACUGUCAACGCACUUGUUAAUGACAUCCGACUCGCCCAGAUAAAUACAAUCAAAGUGCAUUCAGUCAUGCUCAUCUGUACCAAUGAUGAACAGUACCAAAAAAUCAACCCAGUCACUUUCCACGGUCUCUUAGUUCUUCUUGAGAAGUUCGAAGGCCUAACUUCACUCAUUGUCCACAUGCCACCCGAAAAGACCGCCAUUGAUACUAACCCAACCGAGGCUAACCGAGAGCAAAUACAACUCAGCCGCCAAAACGUCAUAGACCGUCUCUUCACCAAGAUAGAAACUCUAAAACUAUACGAUCUUAACGACGAGCUUUUUAAUGAGUUCAUCCAAUUCUUCACACACGAAACAGCCCAACGACUCACCCGUCUUGAAAUAGGCUGCACCAACCUCCAAAGCAUCCAACCACUCAGCACCAAGAAAUGGUCCGGCCUCAAGAGACUUACCCUAACCAACGUCACCCCCGAGAAAGAAAAGUCGUCCGGCUACCAGGAGUACUUUGCCACUCUCAAAGAAACACUAUCAUCUACCGAAUGUUGCAUUAAGUGA